CCCACUUUACCUGAGAGUGGCUGUUUUGCUGUAACCGAUUUGGGCAAGUUAUCCUCCGUUCAGUUUCAUCCUGCCUGUGGCGCAAACGAUGGCAACCUCAGCACAGACAUCGGAGGCCAUAAGUACGCCACAAAUAAUCAUUCCGACAACGGCAGCAAUUAUAGGAGCACCAGAGACGUCGUUAACGAUUCUACAAACACCGUGGUACCUAACAAUGAAUCCAGUCUUCCUAUCCUACUCUCCGGCACUUCCUCGCCUCUACACGCACCCCCAGCUGCACUCGUCUGCCUUUCAGACUCGUUGCCGUCAAAAAGACUAGAGGAGACGGCCUGCCGGCAAAAUUACUUGUUACCGUUGGCCGAAUCGCGUCAUUUAGCCGGCGCAAGGCAAAAUCUCCACAUAUCGCGGAAUGUGUUCACCUCGGGUCAACUACAUUUGCCAAGUCUCACAUAG